AUUACUGUGUAUAUCGGUUUCAACCAUUUUAGAAAUAUCUCAUUCAAUCAUUUGCAAAUGGUCACUUGGGACAGAAAUCGCUGCCUUGCCCUCUCUUCUCUCUCGCUUGAUGUCCACUCCCCAAGACGAUUUAUACGUUGUUUCAUACUGAUUGUAGUUUAUUCACAUUUGUGAGUAUACAGAGCCACGUUUCGAUUGAAGUCUUGAGUCGUUAUCAUCUCGCUAUGUUUGAAGGCUAUGGAGAAACGGGUCGCGAUUAGAAUUCAUGGAUCCGGCCAUUGGGGAGAGUUAUCAGUGUAACAACGUCGCUAGAUGCAUCCAUGUCUGUCUGCUAUACAUGUGUCCAAGAACAAGAUCAUGCAGAUGUCACAAGCACUCUUCUUUUUUGAAGUAAUCUCGAACAGAUCCAGUCUGGGAGAAAAUCCAUCGACACAACUCAUGUUUUACCGAUUUAGAACCUCGAUGAAGAUGGAGUGCUCUUCUUCGGGUCUGAUCCCAACUGGGGAUAUGAAUUAGCAAUGUUUCUUGGGUGUCACGUAAUUGAUUCGAGAAGGCAAGUUGAACAUUUUUUUGCUUCUGUAAUUCCUACAACAAGAGAAUUGCAUGUCACCCUUUACAAGUUCUAUGUCUGUGGCCCAAACGCAAACGCAGUGGCUGCGAUGGCAUUCUUGCUCAAGCGCCCACUUCCCCUCGGGACACAACAAACGCAGACACAAGGUUUCAGAGUUCUCUUCAGACAAGCUAAAAACCAGAAGAAACGUGGUCGCAGAACUCGCACAGGAAAAAAAAAAAGAAAAGAAAAUUCUCGGUGAAAUCUGACGUCUACAGCUUCGGAGUCCUAGUUCUGGAGAUUGUAAGCGGCAAGAUGAACAGCAACUUCCACCGGACGGAUGGUACAGCUGUAAAUAUGGUCACACAUGCGUGGAAGCUCUGGAAAGAUGGGUCGCCAUUAGAACUCGUGGAUCCGGCCAUUGGAGAGUCCAAAGUUUCAGGCACUCUGUUCAUAGUUUAUUACGGAUUUCCCGCGCUAUGGUUGACAAAAUUCUCAUUGAAAGUGUCAGUCAAUCUACAAAAAAAAGAUUUCUUGGUAGUUCGUAAACCUUCAGGGCAGUUGGUAAAUCCUGUAGCUUUCUUGGAGAAAGCACAACGCCGUUAAUGUCCUUGAGCUUUCCACGUUACUACACCUACCAUUCGCUAUGAUUCACUUUUAUUCCACGUUUCAAUUAGUCGACGUAGAAAAUUCAGCCAAGGAAAGGAUCAUGGCUGAUAGGCCACCUUGAGACAAUUCAGUCCACGGGAAGUUGCAGAGAAGUUUCAAUUCCCAUUUCCAGAAUACGUAACAGACAAUUUCAAUUCCCUGACUCAAGCAUUGGUCUCAUCUCCAAAAUGCCACAGAAGAGUUCAUGCCUGCCAAUCCUCUGGUUUGCCCUAAUAAGCUUUGGUGUUGUUUCUGCGCAGCUAUGUCCAGACACUGAAAGAUCUUUCAGACCGAAUGGUACCUACGACGUGAACCGUCGCCUUGUCCUGUCGUAUCUUCCCUCCAAUGUCACAGCUCUCGGAGGAUUCUACAAUGCUUCGGUUGGCGAAGAACCCGAUAGAGUGUUUGCCGUGGGGAUGUGCAUUCCAGACGCUAAGACCGAGGAUUGUUCCAAAUGCAUCCAGACAGAGUCCGGUAAAAUAAUAAGCAGUUGUCCUGACCAGACAGACGCCUAUUCAUGGUCUGGUGAAGUAACGGUUUGCCUCGUGCGUUACUCCAACCGUUCGUUUCUUGGAUCCCUCGAUCUGGAGCCGAGUAAUAGGCGGUUUGAUACUAGAGAUAUCAUAUUAAAUUUAACGGAGUUUGUUGAGACAUGGGAACGGACCAUGCGUCAAAUGAUAGAUGCAGCCGUGUCUACACCCGCCUAUUACGCAGCCCUCGCAGAACCUCUCGGGGGCUUCCAAAGGUUAUAUGCGCUAAUGAAAUGCAUCCCUAGUCUAUCUUCUUGGGAUUGUAAUGCCUGCCUUCAAUCUAGUGUUGGUAGCUAUCAGUCAUGCUGCCGAGGAAAGCUAGGCGGCGUUGUUGCAAGACCGAGCUGCUUCUUCCGGUGGGAUCUGUAUCCAUUCUCCAGGUCUUUCGACGGCACCACUUCUGUGUUUGGACAGCAACCUCCCCCACCUCCGGAGGAAGGCGGUCGGACCAUCACUGUGGCCGAGAAUGGUGGCAAAAAAAUCUCAGCGGGAAUCAUAGCAGCAAUAGCCCUUUCUGGUGUGGUUACCGUCAUAUUGCUUGCUCUAGGGUUUUCUGUUUGCUGCAGGAGAAAAUCUCACCGAGCAUUACAGCUCCAAAAUCGGUAUUUUUCCCUCGCAGAUAGACAAAAGAAGAAGACUUAUGAUACAGAACCCUCGGACGAAGCUUCAGACGAUAUUGCGACCUCAGGCUCGCUGCAAUUUGACUUUCAGGCAAUCGAAGCAGCGACGGAUAACUUUUCAGAGAGCAACAGACUCGGUCGAGGUGGAUUUGGCGAAGUCUACAAAGGUAUCUUUCCGAGUGGAACGCAAGUUGCGGUCAAGAGGCUAUCGAAAACAUCGGGACAAGGCGAAAAUGAGUUCAGGACCGAGGUGGUCCUUGUCGCAAAGCUUCAGCAUAGGAAUCUGGUCAGGCUUCUCGGGUUUUGCUUGGAAGGAGAAGAGAAAAUACUUGUCUAUGAACUCUUGCCCAACAAAAGCCUCGACUACUUCCUGUUUGACUCUACAAGACGGGGCCAGUUGGACUGGAUAAAACGGUACAAGAUUGUCGAAGGGAUUGCUCGAGGUAUUCUGUAUCUUCAUCAAGAUUCACGACUCACAAUCAUACACCGUGACCUCAAAGCGAGCAACAUUCUCCUAGACGCUGAUAUGAACCCCAAAAUCGCAGAUUUUGGAAUGGCCAGGAAUUUCGGUAUAGACCAAACCGAAGCAAAUACAAGACGAGUAGUUGGAACCUUUGGUUACAUGUCUCCGGAGUAUGUGAUGCAUGGCCAGUUCUCGACAAAAUCUGAUGUCUAUAGCUUCGGAGUCUUAGUUCUGGAGAUUAUUAGUGGAAAGAAAAAUAGCAGCUUCCAUCAGAUGGACCGUUCUCUCGGCAACUUGGUCACAUUUGCUUGGAGGCUAUGGAGAAACGAAUCACUGUUAGAACUAGUAGAUCCGACCAUCGGGAAGAACUAUGAUACGGAUGAGGCUAUUAGAUGUAUCCACAUCGGCCUUUUAUGCGUUCAACAAGAUCCUGCAGACCGUCCAUCCUUGUCGAAUCUCCUACAGAUGCUCACCACAAGCACGGUUACUCUACCAGUGCCCCGACCACCUGGGUUUUUCUUAGGAGAUAGACUCGAGCCGAAUCCAUUGGUCGGGGAAUCGGACAUAACCAGCAAGUCUAUUCCUUGUUCCAUCGACGAGGCAACGAUCACAGAUUUAAGCCCUCGUUGAUGGCCCAACUGCUUGUCUUA